AUGACAUCGCCUGGAGAUGCCACUCCGGUGAAACCUCCGCCGUCCUUCUCCCCCGGCGUAGGGCGCAGCGCAUCCAAGUCCCGAUUUCCGGAUGAGCACGAGCCCACACUAUCUAUAGACGCUGAGUUGGCAGAUACCGGCUCCGUGUCCUCGCCAACACCUCCGCUGUCAGCUACGACUGCAGAACUGCGGAUUCGGUCAGCAUCACCGCAAGCUCGCUCGGUUCGAUCGUCCACCCCGCAAUUAGCUCGGUCAUCCUUCGGGUCCCUUUUUGACGGACGGUUCGAUGGAUCAGAGGAUAUUAGAUCGUUGAUUAUCCGUGCUUUCUCUCCGACUAUCGCUGUCUAUGCUUCCGAGGACACGGAUGAACUCAUCAAGAAUAAGGGGUUUAAGGGGGGCUUCUGGGAACUGCUCCGGCCGUUCGGGGAGACUAUCACAGGGAAGGUGAUCAUCCGGGACAGCAUUGGGUCUAGCCGGGCUUGGGAAGACUAUGGGGUGCGGUUCGUGGAUCUGAAAGGGCUGGGUCGGGCACCUGCCAGUCGGGAUUCAGGGCGGGAUUCGGCGCUGGCGCAGAUCGAGGAAGUUCUGGCUCAGCAAUUAGGGUCAGCAGAGGGCUCAUUGGGAGCCUCUUUGUCUUCCAAAGAUGUUCUGGGCUUUCCUGCUACCAUAUCUCUAGCUAAGUUGUUCUUGAGGCAACUUCUAUCCUCUACGACUGCUGCACCCCACGAGACGUUCGGCCACCCUGUGGCAAGUGUGAUUACAAUCAGCUCACGCAACAAAGCCCCUUUGGAGACCCUUCGGCAGCUGUAUGCCGAAACCAACACGGGUGACAAGCGGCUGCCAGAUUGGGUGCACCAGGAGUAUCUUCGCUAUUAUGUGUUGGUUCACGAUGAAGACCGAGACGACAUCACCGAGUCUACCAGACUAUACGAUCAGAUGAAGCGUCAUUUUGGUCUACACUGUCAUCUCUUGAGGCUUCGAAGCAGUCAAUGCAUUGUAACCGACGACGAUAGCGUUCAAGUGCCACAUUGCGAGUGGUUGUCUCCGCAAGAACACCUGUCCGGAGCCGGGGAAGCCGAGACACUUGUGGAUCUUGGUACAGAUGGUACACCUUACCUCUUCGACUCCGAUGUGUCCGCAAUCAAAUCUUUCAUUCGGGAGCUUACCGUCCAAUCUGUGAUUCCCUUUAUGGAGAACCGAGUGGCAGUCUGGAAUGACCAGGUUGCAUCUCGUAGGCGCGGUAUCAGUGGCCGAUUUAUGUCAAUGUCAAGACGAUGGGCUGGCUUUGGCUCCAGCUCACGAUCUGGAAUUGGUGGUUCAGGAGGUGCAACCAGUGGUAAUUACGACACGGAGCACAACUUCUACCGUCAAGAUACACCCGAGGCAAUCUUACGAAAGAUGGCUGACUAUGCAUUCAUGCUCCGUGACUGGAAGCUUGCUUCAUCUACAUACGAGAUGAUUCGCUCGGACUAUGGAAACGACAAAGCGUGGAAAUAUCAUGCGGGAGCUCAUGAGAUGUGUGCUGUCAGCAUGCUGUUGAAUCCGCUUGCUAUGUCAGCCAAGAUCAAGCUCGAGAGCAUCGACCAGAUGUUUGAGACUGCUUGCUAUUCUUAUCUUACUCGAUGUUCCGACGCGACACAUGCGCUCCGAUGCUUGGCCUUGGCUGUGGAACUUCUGAAGUCCAGGGGUGGAUCAGCAACCGAGAGUGCAGCCAGAUGGGCCAUGCGGGUCAUGGAUUUCGGUUUAGUUGGCUCGGUUGGCCAGAUCCUUUUUAUGGAGCGAGUCGCCGCAUGCUAUGCUUCCAAGACCCCUGUGGGUGGAGCCAAAUGGGGGGCGCGUCGGAGGAAAGCUGGCAUGUGGAGCAUCUUUGCUGCCGAUCAGUGGCUCAAGGCCGGCAAACCUACCCUCGCUUCUGCCUGUCUUGAAGAAGCCGAACGUCUGUAUGCCGACGUUCUCGAUGCGGACGGCGUAUUCCCAAUGCCAGAGAUGCAGAGCUUCAUCGACAACUUGCGUCACGCCGUGAAAGUCGAGUAUCUUCAGGCUCGGGGUUUCGAUACUCAAGAUGAGCCGGCCGUCGAUGACGCUCUUGGCACUGAAGAGAUUAGUGAGAAAUUGGACAAGCGCAAUCAUCGUCGCUCACUGAUUGGUCUCCCGGCGCAACUGGAUGCUGGAACUCUCAUGAGUGCAGGCCCGAGGGACGCUGAGGACCAACCAAAUGACGACUUUGAACGAGCCUAA